AUGUCUAUCUUAUUCGCCCCAAGCUCCUCAAUAAUAUACAAGGAAUGUAUAUCUGUUCCCGUUGUGUCAACACCAGCCGUAUAUACCAUAUACACAGCACCUACUCCAACUAUCAUAGCAACACCAAUACAACCUCGCUUUCCAGUUGUUUUAAUUUCGAAUCCAAUAGGGGGAAAAACCAUAAUAAUAUGA